AUGGCCUCCCAAAAAGCUCAGAAGCUCAUUGACGAGAACCCCGUCAGUAAGUCAUUACCACCACCGCCACCAACACAAGCACGGCUGCCCACGUCCAUGCCGUCAUACCCCUCCAUGCGCUACGCCAACCUCUGCUACAUGGUCUUCUCCAAGUCUUACUGCCCGUACUGCAAGGCGACCAAGAGUCUGCUCAGCUCCCUUGAUGCAAAGGCCAAGGUUGUCGAGCUCGACGAAGAGGCCGACGGCAAUGCUCUGCAAGAUGCUCUCGAGGGAAUUUCGGGUCAGCGCACCGUCCCCAACGUCUACAUUGCGAAGAAGCACAUUGGCGGCAACUCGGACGUCCAGAGCCUCAGCAGCUCCGGCAAGCUCAAGGCCCUCCUCGCCGAGGCCGGCGCUAUCAAGGCGUAA